UCUGUAGCACCCGCUUCGGACGUUAUCACGGCAUUCAAUGGCCAUUAUCAGUGGUUGUCAGCUUAUACUUAUGGGCCAAUAGGUGCCUACUCCACCUACUGACAGCGGUGAGUAGGUGCAGCAGGUCGUCGUCAUCUAUUCCUAAAGUAGAUCACGGCUUGGAGGACCAAACCAACUGAAUCCAGAUCCACUAGAGGCGCUGUUGAACCCUUUUUCUUCACACGGGAGAAUCGACGCGCUGAUCAAGGCUUUACUGUCAUAUUGGAGAUACUGGAGAUAUGGUGAAACACAGGACAAGUGUGCGAUCUACGAAACAUAGAGUAUGUGUUCGUCGGAGGAUCAUUGGUGGUGCUACCAAAGUUUCUGUUUUGAGAAACGUUUCACAUCCACCUGUAACUGUGGAUGUUACACCUGUCACCACCACAUCAUCUCUGGAUGAACAUUCAGAGGCAGAACCAAACAGCAGUUUUAUGUCCGAGACUGCUUACACAAAAGCAAAGAAGAAGGAGCUCAGGGCCUGGGACUCAUUGAAGGAGGAUAUGCUGCGGGUAUCUUAUGAGUCAUCAGCACCAUCUACAAAUAUCUGUGCUCUCUGCAAAGAGCAUGCAGAGUAUAGGUGCCUUGAGUGCAGCAGUACUAAUAUGUUUUGUGAGACCUGUAUCACAAAAACCCACCGCAAUUCCUUGCACCUACCAGAGAAAUGGAAUAAAACAUUGUAUGUGACAUCUCCACUUGAAUUAGCACUACGCUUACCAGGAGAACAUUGUUCUCAUGCUGUGUACGCAAGAGAUAUGAAAAUAUUUGUGAACACAGGCCAGUUGUGCAGCUUCAGCGUGACUCUUUGUACAUGUGAACCAGAAACUUGCACCCUGCUCAGAUAUGGAAUCUGGCCUGCGACACCAGAGAGGCCUCAAACAGCGUUCUCUAUAGCUCUUUUGGAGCUUUUUCAUUAUCUGUCCAUGGAAUGCCAGGUGUCUGUUGAGGGAUUCUGCAAUAUGUUGCGGUGAAAAAACAAUCUGUCUCUUUCAGAGGUUAACAUGCUCUACAGAGCUCUGGUGGGAGAAUCUAUAUCCCAGUUUCGCCGCCACCACUUUAGAUGCAGAAGUUUAUCUGGUCUUUGUCCCUCAUUUGAUGAUGGAACAACAUGCCCAGUAUGUCCUAAGAGUAAAGGCAAUCUGAUUGUAACAAUGGAUGCCAACUUUGGCCUUGUUCGAAAAAGAAGUUCAGGAAGUAGUUUGGUGGAGCCGUUGCAUGGUAACAGAAUGUUUGUGAGGGAAGAAGAUGUGCAAGAAUACCUGUCAUCCCAUCCUGAUGGUUCCAAGCCAAAUGAAAAAAAAGCAGAAGCAAUGCAACAAGGCGUAUCUCUGGCUGUUCCAGCAUUUCAUGUUUUUGGUCAUAAAUUACAGUGUCAGGUUCUGUACAGUACGAGAAGAUUAAAAGGCUUUGGGCUAACAGAUGGAGAAGGUAUGGAGAGGUUAUGGUCCUUCCUUAGAAGAUUUGCUCGUGUCACAAAAGAGAUGAGUCCAUCCCACCGGCUUGACCUCUUGACUGAAGCACUUCUUUAUUAUGGGAGGAGAAAAUCAGCGGAUAUAGAAGUGCAGCUCCAUCACAGAUGGGAAAAAGCAGAGAAGGUCACUAAUCUAGCUAAAGAGGAGUUAGCUGCUGUCUUAAAAGAGGCACCAGCGAGUGUUUCAGAGCACAAUGUACAGAGAUGGAUGGAAACGGAGAACGAAGUUGCUAGAUUGACAGUUUUGAAAACCAAAAUAGCAGACAGUGUUCCCAAAUGGAAGAGGGUGUAUGUGACAACGCUGAUUGAGCUCCAGCAGCUCAAAUCAUGUGAUCAUGAUUCAGCUGUUGCAGAUGAGAAAAAGAUUGAAUCUUGUCUUCAAAAAAUUGAAAGACAGUACUAUAUAACAAGAAGAUGGAAUCAGUCAGAUUCGAUAUUCCAGUCAACACUGUUAGAGCUCGACCAGGACAUUCGAGGUAAACUGGUCAUGCAGGCACGAACUGAGGCAAGGGAAAGACUUACACUUCUUCAAUUGAAGCGGAAAUAUCCAGAUGGACAGGGAAUUGCUGUCAGAUUGUCUAAACAAAUUAAGGCCUGUAACAAGAGACUGAGGAAAACCAUAACAGAUUACAACAGUCUGCAAUGGCCACCACAGACAACCAUUUUCCCACCACAGAUGGAUUUUCAAGAAGCAUGUGAUCCCUCCUGGCCUGUUUACUGUAGCAUUGAUGAAAAUACAGAGGAAGGAGACUUUUCACGAUCCCUCAAAAGACGUGCCAUUGAUGCAUUGCACCUGAAGACCAGGGCUGCUGAGGAGAAGAUCAUGCUUCAGGAUGAAAUGAAGACUUUAAUACAUCAUGUUCAGCAACAACAUGCUUCUUUACACUCAGCUAUUACUAAUACCAAGCAACCUGGCUCCAGAGCUGUUCUUGUUGGCACCAUUAUAAACUUGGAACAGAAACUACAUAAUGCUACCUUGAUGUUCCAGCAACACAUUCCAAGUAUUGCUCCUCUUUCACACGCUUACCUGCCACAGUUGAAUGUAGUCCGCCAGAACGUGAUAUCACCGGAUGUGUACAUGGCUUUAUUCAACGACGAUGAUGAUGAUGAUGAUGAUGAAGAUGGUAAUGAUGAUGAGGAGGAGGAUUGUGAUGAUAGCAUUUAAAGCUAAAAUAAAAUGCAGAUUCAUCCAACACAGAAUCUAAAAUGACAAACUUGUAAAUAUGCAAGCAGGAUUGUGCAAAUGUACUUAUUUAGGUAUUCCUAAAGCCUGUGUUUUGUGAAAGUGUAUGAAAUAAAAAGAGUUUAAAAGAAGAGAAUAAAUGUUUUUGUCUUUUUAAAUGGUA